AUGCCAUUCAGGUGUAUCGUCAGUGAACGCGGUACUUGGUUACAACAUGUUAGCUCUUUUUUAUUUGACCACUUGCGGGGGCUCGAGUUGCGGGACCCAUUCUUAACAAAGAAUUCGACAGAUGUCAUUGCUUUUCUAAAAAAGAAGCAGAAGGAAAUAGGUUUUUUAUUUUCUAUUGAUGUCGAGGAUUUGUUCUACUCUGUACCGCAUACAGAGCUGUUUAAGUCUGUCCGAGAGUGCAUUGAGUGUAAUGGAACUGUUGCAUUUCAAAAUUCUGUGGGCAUUAGUGUGGACAAGUUUAUGUCGCUCCUCGAGUUUUACCUUCGGGCGACGGUUGUUUCCUUUGACUCAGGCUUGUUUGUUCAAAAGAAAGGGAUAUGCAUUGGAUCUUGCGUUGCCCCUGUGCUGUGUAAUAUUUUUUUAUCUUCCAUUGACCGGGAUUUAGAAUCCACGUUUGACAAAGGCACUGUCCUGCAAAUUUUUAGAUACGUGGAUGACUUUUUGGUAGUUUUAGCAGCUGAUUUUAAUCUGACUUAUGACAACACCGUACAAAGCGUAUUAUGCUACUUUAAAAACCUAGGGAAAGGCCUGAGUUUUACGCAUGAGGUGCCGCUGAACAAUAGCCUCCAAUUUUUAGACAUAAACAUUAGAUGUUGUGAUGGAAACGUGUGUUGGAUGUAUUCGCCAAGAGCAAAGAAAGAGCUGUUACCGUAUAACUCUUCACACUCUAAAACGGUAAAGAGGGCCAUCGGUUCUCUUUGCCUUGAAUCUGCCCUGACAAAGUCAUGUGAGCACAUGCUUGAGACGAGCUUCACCGCCCAGAUAGAGAGACUAAAAAACGCUGGCUUUCCCAGUUCUGUUUUGUCAGCUGUUGCUGAAACGUUACUACAAAAAAUGAAAGGAAAAAAGAAAACCAAACAGACAGGUCCAGAGCAGAGGAUACCACAGUUGUUGCCCUAUACGCACCGUGUAGCGCAUGGCUUGAAAAAAGUGGCGUUCAGGUUUGGAGUGUCCGUGGUAUUUUCCGCACCAAGGAAAUUGGGUGGUUUGUGUGCACGCAUCGGGAAAAAGAAGAAGUUUCAGUGUGAGGCGAAGCAUGGGAAGGUUUUUGUGAAGUGUGUUGUUGGCGUGGUGUAUGCAAUUCCAUUGACGUGCGGGAUGUUAUACAUAGGCCAAACAGGGCGUUGUGUGAAUUUUAGGGCCUGGGAACAUUUUAAAUCACUUGAGAAAGGCACAGGCUCCAAUCUAGCCCUUCAUUGUAAACAGUGCAAUUGUAAGCCACUGCUGAACGAAAUCAAGAUUUUAGGCAAAAGCCAUGAAAAAUUGGCACGGGAAAUUUUGGAAGCUUUUCAUAUUGCAAAGAGUGGUGAAGCAUGCUGCAGCGAUAGC